AUGAUGGAGACAAUUCGCGAUUCAGCUUUCGGCAAGCUAGUUCGCUUCUUUAGCGGUUACCGUCUCCUCCUGUACCCGGAAGAAGCAGAUAUUACGGCUUGGCGGAAAUACCUCCAGACGCCGGAGGCCCAUGAAGAAGCAACUUCAACGGCCGGUAGCGAGGAAAUCGGCGAGCAGUAUGGCUUGUAUACGGUUAUGUCGCAAGCUUCCCUCCGCAGGCGGCAAAGGCCCCCUCUGAAAAGCGUCCUGGCAGGACCAUGGCGAGGGGUAAAAGAGGGAUCACCUGUGGUAAUCGGUUGGGGAGGCUCGGAUGAUAGCGAGAAUCCUCAAAAUUGGAGCAUCAGCAAGAAGGUCUUAGUCAGUUUACUCAUCUGCCUUCUUACAUUUUCCAUCUAUAUCGGUUCCGCGAUCUACACACCUGGAAUACCGGGUGUGGCUGAGCAGUUUGGUGUGAGUAGAGAAGCUGCAAUUCUCGGUCUGACACUAUUUGUGGUCGGAUACGGACUGGGACCCAUGAUUUGGGCACCGAUAUCAGAGCUUCCCGCGGUGGGACGGAGUCCGGUAUAUGUUGCAACAUUAGUAGUGUUUGUUUUCUUUCAAUUCGCAGUGAUCUACGCGAAGAACUUUGGCAUGCUCCUAGCAUUUCGAUUCCUAACCGGCUUUCUGGGCUCGCCCGUUCUUGCGACAGGGGGAGCCUCGAUGGGGGAUAUGUGGAGCCCUAGAAUCCGCGACUAUAUGAUUGCGGUCUGGGCAUGCUUUGCCAUUGCCGCUCCUGUGCUGGGCCCUCUCGUUGGGGGUUUCGCAUCUUCCGCCAAGGGAUGGACGUGGACUAUCUGGGAGCUGCUUUGGAUAUCCGGCUUUGCCCUCGUGCUUCUCUUCUUUUUUCUGCCCGAGACAUUUGCCCCUAACAUCUUCAGUCGCCGCGCACGGCGUAUUCGCCGCAUCACAAACGAUCAGAAAUAUGCGUCCGAGGCUGAAAUUGAGAUUGCUCAGGUGGCUCCCAGGGAUGUCCUCUUUGAAGCCCUCGUCCGUCCAUUUGUGCUUUGCUUCCUCGAACCCAUUGUAUUUUGGAUGAAUCUCUACAUCGCUCUUAUCUAUGGAAUUCUGUAUAUCUGGUUCGAGGCCUUUCCAAUCGUCUUUGAAGAAAAACACGGCUUCAAUCCAGGACAAAAUGGCCUGGCAUUCCUGGGUAUUAUGAUAGGGGCUGUGUUCAUUGCUGUUCCAGCGUACUUCUAUUGGAAAUAUCGCUGA